UCCCUUCCCUUCCUCGGGCCGCGCGCCCCCUCCUUCCUCCUCCUCCUCCAUCCUUCCCCCACCCGGUUUGUGGGCCCCUCCCGCUGCGACUGACUGGGAGGCUUGGCCGCCCCCGCCCCGAGAGGGAGGCGGGGGCGCAAGCCGCCGCGGCCACCCGAGGCUGCAGAGGGGAACGAGAUCCGAGGCCCCGAGGCGGCCCUGCAUCUGGACCAGGCACGCGGGGGCUGCCUCUGCACCCCAGCCGAGGGCCGCCGGGCCUGGCCUCGCCGCGGGGUGGAGGAGGAGCCGGAGAUGAGAGGGAGCUUAGAACAGAAAGGGCAGUGUCAGGACUGCCAGGAAGCAGACGACUGAACGCAGUGACUCCUGUGGGUCUUCACCAAGCUGGAGUGACUACUCUGGGAAGUACACAUGGCAGGACCACAGCCUCAGCCUCCUCGCCCCUGGCUGCAGGCACCCUGAGCCUUCCUGAUCCUGCAGGGGGGCUCGCCCACAGCGCCCCAUGAGUGCACCCGGCUGACCGGCGGGGGCGGCCGCGGUGGAGCCCGGGCGCCGCGGGGGCGGCGGGGCCAUGGCCUCGCUGGACCUGCCUUACCGCUGCCCCCGCUGCGGGGAGCACAAGCGCUUCCGGAGCCUGUCGUCCCUGCGCGCGCACCUGGAGUACAGCCACACGUAUGAGACGCUCUACAUUCUCUCCAAGACCAACAGCAUCUGCGACGGCGCCGCCGCUGCGGCCGCCGCCGCCGCCGCCUCAGGCUUCCCGCUGGCGCCGGAGCCCGCCGCCCUGCUGGCCGUGCCCGGCGCCCGGCGCGAGGUCUUCGAGAGCACGUCCUUCCAGGGCAAGGAGCAGGCGGCCGGGCCAUCGUCCGCCACUCCCCACCUGCUGCACCACCACCACCACCACGCGCCCCUCGCCCACUUCCCCAGCGACCUGGUGCCCGCCAGCCUGCCCUGCGAGGAGCUGGCCGAGCCGGGCCUCGUGCCCGCUGCCGCCGCGCGCUACGCGCUGCGCGAGAUCGAGAUCCCGCUGGGGGAGCUGUUCGCCCGCAAGUCCGUGGCCUCCUCGGCCUGCUCGACGCCGCCCCCCGGCCCCGGCCCUGGGCCUUGCCCCGGGCCCGCGUCCGCCUCACCUGCAUCCCCCUCGCCCGCCGAUGUGGCUUACGAGGAGGGCCUGGCGCGCCUCAAGAUCCGUGCGCUGGAGAAGCUGGAGGUGGACCGGCGGCUGGAGCGGCUGAGUGAGGAGGUGGAGCAGAAGAUCGCGGGCCAGGUGGGCCGGCUGCAGGCCGAGCUGGAGCGCAAGGCGGCGGAGCUGGAGACUGCGAGGCAGGAGAGCGCGCGGCUGGGGCGAGAGAAGGAGGAGCUGGAGGAGCGUGCGUCUGAGCUCUCCCGCCAGGUGGACGUGAGUGUGGAGCUGCUGGCCUCGCUCAAGCAGGACCUGGUGCACAAGGAACAGGAGCUGAGCCGCAAGCAGCAGGAGGUGGUGCAGAUCGAUCAGUUCCUGAAGGAGACGGCGGCACGGGAGGCCAGCGCCAAGCUGCGGCUACAGCAGUUCAUCGAGGAGCUCCUGGAGCGGGCUGAUCGCGCGGAGCGGCAGCUCCAGGUCAUCAGCAGCAGCUGUGGCAGCACACCAAGCGCCAGCCUGGGCCGCGGAGCUGGGGGAAGUGGUGCUGGGCCUGCGACCCGGGGACCAGGCAGAUUGCGAGAACACCAUGCAGGCCCGGCCAUGCCUAGCACAUACGCGGUGUCACGGCAUGGCUCCUCUCCCAGCACAGGGGCCUCUAGCCGUGUCCCAGCUGCAUCCCAGAGCUCAGGCUGCUAUGACAGUGACAGUCUGGAGUUGCCACGGCCAGAAGAAGGGGCCCCAGAGGACAGUGGCCCUGGGGGCUUGGGCACACGGGCCCAGGCUGCCAACGGUGGCUCAGAGCGAGCCCAGCCCCCUCGAAGUUCAGGCCUGCGGCGCCAGGCGAUCCAGAACUGGCAGCGCCGACCCCGCCGACACAGCACAGAGGGGGAGGAAGGUGACGUCUCGGAUGUGGGCUCCCGAACCACUGAGUCAGAGGCUGAGGGCCCCUCGGACACCCCCCGCCCUGGGCCUGCUAUGGCUGGGCCAUUGAGCAGCUGCCGGCUCUCAGCCCGCUCUGAGGGAGGCAGUGCACGGGGUCGGCGAGCAGAGAGGGGCAGCCCCUCACGCUCCAACGAGGUCAUCAGCCCAGAGAUCCUCAAGAUGCGAGCCGCCCUGUUCUGCAUCUUCACCUACCUGGACACACGCACACUGCUGCAUGCCGCCGAGGUCUGCCGGGACUGGCGCUUCGUGGCCCGCCACCCCGCUGUCUGGACACGGGUGCUGCUCGAGAACGCCCGUGUCUGUUCCAAGUUCCUGGCAAUGCUGGCUCAGUGGUGCACCCAGGCCCACUCGCUGACACUGCAGAACCUGAAACCCCGGCAGCGGGGCAAGAAGGAGAGCAAGGAGGAGUAUGCCCGGAGCACCCGGGGCUGCCUGGAAGCAGGGCUGGAGUCCCUGCUGAAGGCUGCAGGGGGCAACCUGCUGAUCCUGCGCAUUUCCCACUGUCCCAACAUCCUCACUGACCGUUCGCUCUGGCUGGCCAGCUGCUACUGCCGCGCCCUGCAGGCCGUCACCUACAGGAGCGCCACGGACCCGGUGGGCCACGAGGUCAUUUGGGCCCUGGGCGCUGGCUGCAGAGAGAUUGUCUCCCUCCAGGUGGCACCACUUCAUCCCUGCCAGCAGCCCACACGCUUCAGUAACCGCUGCCUGCAGAUGAUCGGUCGCUGUUGGCCCCACCUCCGGGCCCUGGGGGUUGGGGGCGCCGGCUGUGGGGUACAGGGCCUGGCAUCACUCGCGAGAAACUGCAUGCGGCUGCAGGUCCUGGAGCUGGACCACGUGUCAGAGAUCACCCAGGAGGUGGCGGCUGAGGUCUGCCGAGAAGGCCUGAAAGGACUGGAGAUGCUGGUGCUCACGGCCACCCCUGUCACCCCCAAGGCCCUGCUUCAUUUCAACAGCAUUUGCCGCAACCUCAAGUCCAUCGUGGUCCAGAUUGGGAUUGCCGAUUAUUUUAAAGAGCCCAGUAGUCCCGAGGCCCAGAAGCUGUUUGAGGACAUGGUGACGAAACUCCAGGCCCUGCGACGGAGGCCCGGCUUCUCUAAGAUCCUGCACGUCAAGGUGGAAGGCGGCUGCUAACCCGGGGAGGGGGCGGCAGGGCCCCUGCCAGCCCCACACCAGGGCACUCUCUUUGGACCUCCAGAGGGACCCUGAUUUGGACUAGACUUUCAGAGGCCGCGUGUUAUCCCUGGCUUCCAGGGAGGGGUCGACAGUUUCCUGUCUUCCUCCUCCUGGGACAGUGGAGCAACAGGCUUGACCCUGGGCACUGCCUCAACAGGGCAGGGGCUUGGACAGCAGCUGCCCCCGGCCCCCACCACACCCCCAGCUGGAGCAGCCUUCUGGGCACAGCCAGCUAGCAGCUGAGUUACCACCAGCACCUGGUACCAUUGCCCCAAGGAUCUGCAAUAACCACCCAGUGGCUCCUUGGCUGCUCAGGCUGCUUGGGCAGGCCUCGCCUUCCUGGGACCCAGCAUCCCAGGCAGAGGCCUCUGCCGGACUCCAGGCCAGAGGGCGCUCUGUAAGGCAGCUCAGACUUGGCACGGAGGGCUCUUGUCUCCGUCCUGCCCUGUCCCAACCCUUUAUGGGGCACCCCCUUCAGACAACCCGCCUGGGCUCUGCGUCCACCUUCUCUAGAUUAACACAGACAGGCCUAGGGGUCUGGGCAUGUGGUCAGUUCAAGAUGGGGGGUAGGGGUACAGGGAGGUAGUGAGAGUGGGCUUGGAAGGGCAAAACAUUCACCCAGAACUUCCCAGGACACCGAGGCCAUCCUUCCCAAAGGGGAAAAUUGCCAGGAAGAGAAAAAAACUGUCUAUUGUUGUAGAAAAGACAAGGCCCGUCCUCCCAGCCAUCACAUAUCCAAACACACCAGAGCUCAAUUCCAAGCUAAAAUGUGCAUGUUUCCAUACCUAUCAGCAAUCCCGAACCUCUGGUGGCGCAAGGCCCCUGCCCUGGGAAACCCUGUCACCUGUGAGAAGUUGUACCUGUCCUCAAGGAAUGACCUUCUCAUCCAGGUGUUCGGGCAGGACUCUGAUGGCCGUUGGGUCCCCAGGGCUAUGUGGGAGGGAGGGACUGGCCUGCCCUCUGUGCAGGGACCUGGGGGAGAGGGGAGGAGGGCGGUUUGGCUUCCUUCCUCAUCUGGCUAGCUUGCUUGAAGAUGUGGCCCGGGUAGGUAGGUAGGCCCGUGGGGCCAAGAAUGAGGAAGAACACCCUCAUUGGAUUUGUCCCCCUCCUGGGUCUUCACUGGCCCCCCAGGCUGAAGGCUCUCCUGCGGGUGUUCUGCCUGCGGGCAGUCCUGGGGCCCCACCCAGAGCUGCUUGGCUUGGAAGCUAUAGAAGCAAGUAGGGGUUUUCACUGACCCUUGCACGGUGCCCACAGGACCAGGUCCCAGCACUAAGGCUCUAAAGUCUCAGGUCUCCCCAGAUUCCUCCUCGGAACUCCCAGUGGCUCAGAGGUCAUAGGUCCUGCCAACCUUCCUUUGGAAAGUUCUUUCAGAUGUUCAUCUAGAUCCAUCUUCGGGUUUCCUGCUCUCCUGCACAGGACUGGCUCUCAGCCCUAACCACUAGACAGCUGGUCCUGACGGGCUGGGCUCAUCUAGUUUCUUAGUCCUUUCCAGAAAUCCAACUUUCGGCCACAACCACAUCAAGACCCAGCCCAGGUACCCUGCGCUGAGUCCUCCAGAGCUCGGCCCGACUCAGCAGUGCACGCAGCUUCCCCGGCUCCACACCCGGCCAUGCGGCUUUUCAUUGUUGCUGACUUCCUCCCAUGGCUUGUUCUGGCCCUGCCCUUUGCAGACCCCCAAAUACCAAGGGUGUCAUGUUGGCAACUCCCUGUCUGAUCCUGCACAAAGCCUUGGCUGUGCGGCAUUCCCACCCCAGAGCAGCCAGCUCCACUGACCCCCUCCCUAGCCCUGUCCCCAGGAGUCCCAGGAGGGAGAAGCACAACUUUUCUGGCCUGGAAAGGAAGUGGGGGUCCACUCAAGACCUGGCUGCCCUGGUGCAUCAGCCCUACCUUCCGACUGCAUCCUCUAGAGCCCUCCUCCCUGACCCCAGGACCAGAGGUGCUGCCCUCCCCGUCUCUGGACAAAGCACAAAGGGAUGCCCUGCAUGGCCAGAGCCUGCCCUACCGAGGGGCUUGUUUCUGCCCUAGGAAGCCUCCGUCCCCUGGGCAAUUUUUCCUGUGGCGGGUGCCUACCGGAAUGCCCAGCAUCAGCCCUGGGAAAGGAAAUCGGUGCGUGGGCAGUGAGCUAGAGUGGGUGAAAGUUGGUGCUGAAAGGUGCUGAAAUGACUGGUGCCAGUAUUAGCGUCAUGCACUCAUUCAUUUGUGCAACAGCCCUGAGCACCACCAGCACAGUGGGCAGCAGUGAACAAGACCCCCUCUCCUGCUGGGGGGAAGUUUGCCUCUCACAGGUUUGGCUGUUUCCAGGAAACCCAGCAAGUGCCCCACCCUGUAUUUUCCAGCCGAGUGCGGGGAGGAUGUGUGGGAGUACACAUUACACAGGUCCGAGCCUCCGCCAAGGGGAGCGCAAUGGGGUCACAGCACGUCCCAUGUCACACCUGCCCCUGGGGCUGAUGGACGUGCGGCCUGGCCUUCAUGCCUGCCCCAGGAACUGGCAGGUUGGCAGGCUCCCACCCCUACCAACUCCAUGCACAUUUUUGCCUCUCAUGGGGAUGAGGCCGUUUACUGAGGGUGGUAGCUUUUAUAGGCUGGGGUGCUCCAUUUGUUCCCUUCUUUGGCAACAAUCAGCUAGGGCUGAGGAUGGGGAAAGGGAUAGAGGGCCCUGCCAUCCCAAGGAAGCACCUCAUCCUUCACUCACCCAAAGGAGAGCCCGCCUCCGUCUCACACCUAAUGAUGCAGAGCAAUGUCAGAGAGCAAACCUGCUCCAGGGGUCCCCGGCAUGUGUAGAGGUCCAAUGGGUGGUAGCCCCUCGGUGUCCCUAACCUCGCCGUACCAUACCGCCCAGCUCCAGCACCUGGGCCCACCAGUGGACGUGGCUCGAGUACUUCGUCAUGUUUAUUCGGGCUGCCUCACAGCACCGGCAGGGAACAAAGGGGAUGCUGUAUGUCUGGAACCCUGAGCGGGAGGGAGUGGGCUGCCCAGAACCGUGGCUUUUCACUGGCCGGGAGAAACCACAGAACAGCCAAGGCAGCUCGUUUUCCUAGUCCCAUGAGAAUAGUUUUCCCCAAGGCCUGCUGCUCCAAGGGUUGGCGCCAUGCUUUGCCUUUGGGUUCUGCCUGCCCCCCUGGUCCUGGUCUCUAGACCUUUGGGCCCUAUGUGGGGAGCUGCCCAGGCCCCAGUCCCUCUAAGGCGCUAAGCUGAAGACCUUUCCAGGGUGACUAUUGGUGCCAAAGACCCAAUUCCUGGAGGACUUGGGGGUGGUUACAGGAAAGACGGUGUGUGGCUGCAGGGCCCAAAGUGCCCAGAGAAGUUAACUCAAACUGAUGGAUGAGUCCCAGCCUGUCCGUCCGAUGUGUAACUUCCCUCCCCAGGGGCCGGGCACGUCUCUAGCCCUGCUGACCAUGCUUUCUCACCCAGCCUUGUCCCAGGCCUGCAUUUCUGUAUAUAUUGCUGUUACGUAUGUAUUUAUUCCUGGAUAAGUGUGUUCAUCUGCAGCCCUUGCCUGAGGAUAAGUUGUAGGAUUGGGUGAAGAUCAGAAUACCAGGGCCGACUAAGGCGACCAGCUCCUACUCCCUCCCUAACCCCUUGGGACCCUGGCCAGUCCCAAGGCUGCCCUGACAAUCAGGCAGGCUUCCCCACGUGAGCCCAACGCUGGCAUGGCCUCGGGGGCGUGGGCUCCCCAGCCUCAGCUCUGCCCUGGCAGGGGUUCUGCACUCAGGUGCAGAGGCCUGAGGGGACCUAGGCCUUCCUUGUGGCUGGUGCCAGUAGGUUUGGCUCCCAUGGGCACUGCCAGUGGGGACUUCCACAGCUGACCCCAGGCCCUGCCUUCCCCGCACAGCCAGGCCGCGACUGGCCUGAGCUGUGAGAGGCUAGCUUUCCCCACCCCAAGCACAUCAGGCAGAGGGGUGGAGAGCACUUUUUGGUUUCGUUUCUGAAGUGGUGCCUGUACCUCCAGCCCCCAGGGGGCCUUCCCUGGCCCCACUUCUCUGCCCCACCCAGGCAUCACCAUCCCAGCACUUUGCUCCAUGUCACCCAUAGAUGCCCUUUGCUGAAUGUACCUGAGUGUAUGUAUUUGAAAAAGGACUCACGUGGGCAUCAGAGAAUUUACGGCUUUGUAUCCAAUAAAAGAUGGUGAAACUGGAAGAGCUGCCUCAGGGAGGUAACUGGUAGAUGGUGCAUUUGUCAGUCUGUACUGAGCCUCUCAGCAGCUAACAUGCACUACGGCAGGAAGGAGGCGGAUGACCUGAAGGGCACCAGCGGGCUAAAUGAAGCAUGAGAAGACCUAUCUCUGGACCACAGACACUGCCGGAGGAAGGCCAUGCAGCUUACUGCCCCUGCCAAGCUCCCUGUGUGUCUGCAUGCGGGGAAGCCCUGGGAUGCCAUUUCUGACUCGCAGCCAGGAGAGGCCGGAUUUAAGGGCGCCCCGGCACAAACAACAGGAGCAGCAGGCACUGUCCAACCCCUAACUGGCUUAGCCACCUCUAAAGGGGGCUCUGGCCAGCCAAUCGGGCUGUGGCCCGGGGGACACCAACUUGCCCAUCAUGGCCUGCUUCCCCGUUUUACAAAAUGAAGUUGCUCCACCGAUUUGAUUAUUUAGGUCUUGAAAUAUUUAAAAUCAGAACAGGUGUUUAGGCUUAAACUGUGUGUGGCUCUAGCAUCAAAUAAGCAGAUGAACGUUUAUCCCCAUAACUCUUGAGCCAGCUGUUCUUAUCUUCAGCCUACAGGUACAACAGCUAAGGCUCAGAAAAAUUAGUUUGCCCAAAAGACCAAGUUAGGUGGGAUGCCAGAUUCCCACGUCUGGAUCUGCCUACACCUCAUUCCACUUUCGAGUCCACCUACCCAGGAGUGGUCCAACUCAGAUUUUUCUUUUUCUAAAACCAUUUCCCAGUUUAAAGCAGCAAAAGCUUCAAUGGCUCAAGGUGACUUAAUAAAAUUAUUAACCCUAGCUUCCACAAUGACUAAUUACAGCUAGCUACGGGUCAGCUCUUGGGCUAGUACAAACGAGGUGGUUAGACCCUACUGAUUUCCAGCUGGUCUGAGGGGCCAACCCAAACUUGCACUGAACAGGAGAAUGGAAGGGACCCCGAAGACUAUUGGUGGUUGAACUGAGACCAGGUGGGUGCUCUUUUAGCCACUUCCUCAAUGGACUUCUAAGAAGUCACGGAGUUGAGAGGAUGUGGCUUCUUUAAGAUGGUCUUCCAAGAGCCCUCAACCUUGGAUAAGGUUGGGACCAAAAGACUAGGCCAAAAGAUUAUGAACAUAGAGGGGACAGACUAGGUCAUGAAACACAUUUACUCAAGCCCACAAACCCUGGGAGCAGUGUCUGCCUAGGCCAGGGGUAAGAAAUAUGAAUUUGGAAGAAAAGGAAGUGACUCCACACCUCCCAGCGACUUCUAGGACUAAGAAAGCAGCCAAAGUGAAACUUCUGGACGGGGGGCCUCAGGUGGAGCUAGCUCCCUGCUGGCAGAGUGGCCCACAUUCU